GACGAGAGUUUCCAGUAGGAAAUCCGGAAUACUUUAGAAUGUUUGCAGAAGUGGCCUUUGGUGUGGAGGAGUUGGCCGAGUUUUCUUUCACAGACACACAACCAACGCAGGCUCCGCCACCAACCACAUCUGCACCCUCUCAGACCGCAUCUACCUCAGCACCUUCCGCCGCUCAACCAUCUCCAGCUACCGUUAACCGACCCGCUCAACCAACACAAGUCCCCGCUCCCCCGCAGCAACAAUCUGUAAAUGUCACUAGUUUUAGUGCCGAGAAGGCGAUGCCAGCAGGAUGGAAUGGCUACGGCCAACAAGGCACACAACCACAACCGCCCACACAACAAUACAAUCAGAAUCUGAAUACAGUGGACCGUGCCAUGGGGGCUAUGAAAUUGAACAAUGGCGCACCCUCGCAGCCAAAGGGUCCAGUAGCUGGAGUCUCUGGUUCUGGACCUGCACAAACUGGACGUCAUACGCCUCGUGGUCAAGGAGGAGGGCCCAGGCGCGGCCGAGGCGGAAAUCGAGGAAAUGGUCACCAGUCACACCAAGCUGCUCAAGAAAUAAAGAUCCCGACAACAGACUUUGACUUUCAGGCUAGUAAUAGGCGAUUCGACAAGACUUCGAUCGCCAAGCAUCACCAAUUUUUGGAUGCUACUUCGCCGGAUGGUACAACCCCCACCAAUACGGAUGCUCCCGAGAAUCCCACGGUUGCUUCACCCAAUGAAGCAGUCGUAGAUGAGACUGCAGAUGCAACGGACAAGAAGGAGGACGACAAGGCCUAUAAUCCCACCAGAUCAUUUUUCGAUAACAUUUCUUCGGAUCUGACGGCGAAGAAAGCCGCAUCCAGACCUGCAGCCGGUACUGGUGCUGCUUUGG